CCACAGUGUGGAGAGGCUUUCUGUUCUUAAGCUGCAUGGAUCUCCUAGUGGAGUGAUUUGUACCGCAGUGGGAGAAAAGGAACAAGACAUUUGUCGGGAAGAGGCGCGUGUGGCGAGGAGAGCAGCUCACCUGAGAGGAUGAUGAUGACUGCGGAGAAAAGGUGAACGCCGUGAUGGAUGUACCCACCACAGAGUCCCGUGCGCCUCUCCUCCAGGGUUUGUGGGAAUGUGUGAGACCGGGUCAGGAGGAGAUACUGCAGUCUCCUUACCUGCCCGCAGCUUGCGCCUUCUUGACGCACAUCCUGCUCUGCGCGCCCUUCCUUGCGCUGGACGCACUGGGGCGCGUGUGUCAGCGUGUUCGGUCGUGGAGGAUAGCAGCAGAUUCGGUGCGGCCGCCGUCUCUCAGGAGAUGGUUUGAAUGUUUUUGCAGAGUUUUGUACAAAUACACGACAGUUGUCCUCCCCACCACGGCACUGUUCCAGCUCCUCCGGACACCCCAGUUACCAGAUCUGGCUCCAUCUUGCUGGCAACUAUUUGUUGAAGUUGUAGCUUGUUUCCUGCUAUUUGAUACACUCUUCUUUGUAUGGCACUACAGCAUGCACAGGAUUCCCUGGCUGUAUCGCAGAAUCCAUCAGAUGCACCAUCAGCACCAUGUUACUUUUGCUCUGGCAGCCCAGGACGCCAGCUCAGCAGAGCUGCUGUCUCUGCUGCUGCUAGCUCUGAGUAGCACCUGGGUGCUGGGCUGUCACCCACUCAGUGAAGUCCUCUUCCAUCUCCUCAACAGCUGGCUGGCAGUAGAGGACCACUGUGGCUACAACUUUCCCUGGUCUCUGCACAAUUUGGUUCCCUGUCUGGGAGGAGCUCCUUUCCACCAAGCCCAUCACAGUCUGCAAAAUACCAACUAUGCUCCUUACUUUACCCACUGGGACCGCCUCUUUGGCACAUAUCGUGCAUCAGCCUUGCACUCACAUCCAAGAUAACGAGACUAUUCCAUGCCAUUUUAGACAGAUUUCUGAAAUUACAGCAAAGCUGUCAAAAUGCAGUGAAGGAUACUUUCUGCUAAAUUAAUUGUUCCAUGCACACAUGCAUGAAGUCUUUGAAGCGAAAACCUGCAAGUGCCAUUUCAUGCUAAUGUCCUACAACAUUUGAACAUUUUAAAGUCUCCUCUGCUAAACUCUAUUCUUUAAUUAAAUGAUUUUGUAAGGUCUCAAACUCGCUGAGAACAAACAGUGUUCACAUACUGUAUUAACAACGUGAAAGCCAUUAUCAUUCUCCAGAGGGCAAAGCUCUGAUCUGUAAUUCAUCUCAGAGUAAAAAGAGCAAGAGAGGAAGACAGGACACUGAAAACAAAGAAAAAAUGUGUGCUCAUGAUGUGGGUGUGGAUUGGUUUUAUUUGCUUUCAGAGUGCUUUACGUAUGGCAGCUCAUAAUGUAGCAGUUUCCUUUUCACCAUGUGUGCAGUUGAAGUUUUUUUUUAUGUGUGUAUGUUUUUGUUGCUUUGUUUUAUUGCUGGGAGAAAUUUAAUAACACUGACAUGUUUGAGCAUUAUGAAUUACUGAGUUCAUGCAGCUGACUUUGUUUAAUAAUACCAAGUUAUUACUUAGCAAAAAUUCUGUGAUUUGUUUGUUUUGAAUAGCAAUGACAUCUUAACGUUCAGUUCAUGCAUACUAUAAACAUUUGAGAAAAAACAUCUACGCAAACAUAAAAAUGUAAAUAAGUGACCUCCUUGAACAAAAUUUCUCAUCUAACUUGCAAUCGCCUACAUUGCUAUAUUUAAACUUUUGUUUGACUGAACUGACAUGAGAAAAUAUCUGAAGGCAGGACACAGACUCUGAGAUGUGUUGUCUGACAUGGGUGUAGGUUUUCACUUUGGGCUUUAGUCAGUACUAUAUUUUCCUUGGGCCUCUCACUUGUCUCAGUUGCACAGUAAACUGGCUCCAUGGGGGAGCACAAUCAAAACCACAUGUUUUUAAAGAUGAGGCACCUUUUGCUUUGCAUAUGCAGUUUUUGCCUCUUUGCUGCAGAGUUGUCAUCAUCAGUCCUGAAAAUGGCAGAAUUCAGCUGGGGUCAUAACACACAUUUUUAUAGCUACCUCUGAUUUGUCACUUGUGUUUUACAUUGAAGAUAAAAAGCUUGAAACUGCUCAAGCUUCCCGUACUUCGCUGCAUUGUUAUGUCAAAUAAACCCAUUAUAAAUUGCCUGGUACCACAAAUUGGCCUCAAGGGUUGAUGGUAAGAAAAUGAGCCUGAACAGGAGAUUAACUUUUAUCUCAUGUUCAGGCUCUCCAACUCUCUACUUGACUAUUUACAAAGGAAUACUUUUGGGGUUUUUGUUUUUUUUUUGUUUAUUUGACAACGGGACAUUGACCAGGCAUAACAUAUUGCACUGAACUCAAGGGCUGAAUCAGUUUUGUGUUUACACCUAACAACUUAGCAAAGAACUGACAUUAAACUGAAUCUUUGUACGUUGUUACUAGCAGCCUGUAGGGCUGAAGGAUUAACCCUUUAAUGCAGUUAAUGCCAUAUGUAUCAUAUUUAAUUUCUGAGACCCUUUUCAUCACUUUGUGGUAAAAACUUUGCUCAAAACCCUAACACAAUCUGAUAUCUGUUGUCUGCCCCCUGGUGGAUACCUUUUGGACUACAAUAAUUUUGAACACUGUGAUAAACAGUAAAUAUACAAUUAUAUAUAUACAUAUAUAUUUUGUCAUAGGACCAAAUAAAGACUUCAGACAAAAAAUAAAAUAACAGAAUUUUCUCAUAUUUUUUCUUUGGUUGGGCUUUAAAUGAUUAAUUGUUUUUAAAUUUAAAUUUGAAUCACAAAUAGCCCAAUUAAUUUUUAUGUUACGCUGCACCUGUUCCAGGUUUCGCGGUUCUAAAUUCACUACCUCAGUCCUUAUUCCUGUCAUCUUUCAUGUGUGACAUCAUGCAACGGCUACACUUCGUUGUGAAGUCAGGUCACAUUUCAAACCUCAUCACAGACUAAUUUUCCAUAAAUGAAUGAAACACUGUACCACAAAAACAAUGAGGACAGAAAACUGACCAACUCCUAAAAUGUCUUGAUGAAGUGAAUAAAGAUGGUUUAACUGAGUGGAGUUGCUCUAAAAAAGUUCAGGUUUCAGAUAACUUGUCAAUGUUAAUAAAAACCUACCAAAAAUAUUGAAUCCAAUAUUUUAAGUCAUUAUACCAUUCAGAAAUGACUACAGUUAGCCUACAGUGUCCAGCUGCGACUUCAUGAUGAACAUGAAGUUCAGUUAAACCAGG